AGGUCCUGCUGGGGACUUGCAUCUGGCCUCAAUGUGAAAUUAAGGUAGAAAAACACAUCUACAUAUGUGUUUGCUAUUAGGAUUUAGUUUAUUCACUGGUCAUGCCUGAAGAGUGAUGUUCAUCCCUAGACGGCUAACUGCCAGGAAAUAUAAAUGAUUGUCCUAGAAGUCAAGCCUCCCUCCUAUUUACUGGAGUGAAAAUCACCUCCAGAUAUCGACGGAAUAUCAACUACAGAAAAUGCUUCACGUAUAAGGAUGCCAACCACCUAGAUUCAUGCGCCCUAUCUGUACAGUUGUUGUGGAUGGUUUGCCAUCUGAAAGCUCCUCAAGCUCUUAUCCAGGCCCUGUAUCUGUUUCUGAAAUGUCUCUGCUACAUGCUUUGGGUCCAGUGCAGACCUGGCUGGGACAAGAGCUAGAGAAGUGUGGCAUUGAUGCCAUGAUUUAUACUCGGUAUGUCCUCAGUCUUCUGCUGCAUGAUAGCUAUGACUACGACCUGCAGGAACAGGAGAAUGACAUCUUCCUGGGCUGGGAAAAGGGAGCUUACAAGAAAUGGAAAGGGGCCUCUGAUCUAACACUAGAGGAAAUGAAAAAACAGGCUGCUGUCCAGUGUCUUCGCUCUGCUUCCGAUGAAAGCUCUGGGAUUGAAACGUUAGUGGAGGAGCUUUGCUCCAGACUGAAAGACCUUCAGAGUAAGCAAGAGGAGAAGAUUCACAAAAAGUUAGAAGGCUCUUUGUCUCCUGAGACUGAUUUAUCUCCCACAGCAAAGGAUCAAGUAGAAAUGUACUAUGAAGCAUUUCCUCCUCUUUCUGAAAAGCCAGUUUGCCUGCAGGAAAUUAUGACUGUAUGGAAUAAAUCCAAAGUAUGCUCUUACUCUAGCUCCUCAUCUUCAUCCACUGCUCCACCAACUAGCACGGAUACAUCUUCUCCAAAGGACUGCAAUAGCGAAAGUGAAGUAACUAAAGACAGAAGUAAUAAAGUAUCUGCCACUGUACAGGAAAGAACCCAGCAGAAGAAAAGUAAAAAUGAGAAAGAAAACAAGUUUAGUAACAACACUGUUGAAGAGAAGCCUGUUUUGUACAAAAAGCAAGUCCGACAUAAGUCUGAGGGAAAGAUGCGUCCUCGCUCCUGGUCAUCUGGAUCCAGUGAGGCUGGCUCAAGUUCUAGUGGUAAUCAAGGUGAAUACAAGGCAUCAAUGAAAUGUAUUAAAGUAAGACACAAAACAAGAGAGGUUCGAAAUAAAAAAGGGCGCAAUGGGCAAAGCAGGCUUUCAGUGAAAUCUGGUGAAAAGGCUGAUAGAAAAGUCCACAGCGGAAGCAGUAGCAGCAGUAGCAGCGGGUCCAUCAAACAGCUGUGCAAAAGAGGUAAAAGGCCAUUAAAAGAAAUUGGAAGAAAAGAAGCUGGCGGUAGCGAUGGAAAAGAUUUGUAUUUAGACAGCAGAAAUGAAAAGGAAUAUAAAGAAGAACCCUUGUGGUAUACUGAGCCGAUUACAGAGUACUUUGUUCCUCUUAGCAGAAAAAGCAAGCUGGAGACUACAUACCGCAACAGAGAAGAUGUAUGUGGCGUAACAUCAGAGGCUGUAGAAGAGUUGUCUGAAUCAGUGCACGGUCUUUGUAUUAGCAACAAUAAUAUUCAUAAAACAUACCUCGCAGCAGGUACUUUCAUCGAUGGUCACUUUGUAGAAAUGCCUGCAGUUCUAAAUGAGGAUAUUGACCUCGCUGGGACCUCAAUAUGUUCUCAACCGGAGGACGACAAAUAUUUAGAUGAUGUUCAUCUGUCAGAACUAACACACUUCUAUGAAGUGGAUAUUGAUCAAUCCAUGUUGGAUCCUGGUGCCUCAGAUACGAUGCAAGGGGAGAGUCGGAUUUUAAAUAUGAUUCGACAAAAGAGUAAAGAAAAAACUGAUUUUGAGGCAGAAUGUUGCAUAGUGUUAGAUGGAAUGGAGUUGCAAGGGGAAAGUGCAAUAUGGACAGAUUCGACCAGCUCUGUUGGUGCUGAAGGGUGGUUCUUGCAAGACCUUAGUAAUUUAGCUCAAUUUUGGGAGUGCUGUUCAUCUUCUAGUUCUGGUGAUGCAGAUGGGGAAAGUUUUGGAGGAGAUUCUCCAAUCAGAUUCUCCCCCAUCUUAGACAGCACAAUGCUUAAUUCACACAUGCUUGCUGGCAAUCAAGAGCUCUUUUCAGAUAUUAAUGAAGGGUCUGGUAUAAACUCUUGUUUUUCAGUGUUUGAAGUGCAAUGCAGUAACUCUGUUUUACCAUUUUCUUUUGAAACACUCAACUUGGGAAAUGAAAAUGCAGAUUCUAGUAGCACUGCUAAUAUUCUUGGGAAAACACAGUCUAGAUUGCUAAUAUGGACCAAAAAUAGUGCCUUUGAUGAAAAUGAACACUGUUCCAAUCUUUCAACAAGAACCUGUAGUCCAUGGUCACACUCAGAAGAAACACGUUCAGACAAUGAGACUUUAAAUAUUCCAUAUGAAGAAUCCACGCAAUUUAAUGCAGAAGAUAUUAAUUAUGUAGUUCCUAGAGUGUCUUCGAGUUAUGUAGAUGAAGAAAUUCUAGAUUUUUUGCCAGAAGAAACCUGCCAGCAACAAGCUAGAACUUUAGGAGAAAUGCCCACUUUGAUUUUCAAAAAAAAAUCUAAGCUAGAAUCUGUCUGUGGUAUUCAGCUAGAACAAAAAGCAGAAAGUAAAGACUAUGAAACUACACAAGGGUGUAGUGAAAGCAGUCCACAUGGAGAUGGCUACAGCUCAGGGGUUAUUAAAGAUAUUUGGACAAAUAUGACAGACAGAAAUUCUGCAGCAAUGGUAGAAAUAGAAGGAAUAGAAGAUGAAUUGUUUUCAACUGAUGUAAAUAACUAUUGCUGCUGUUUGGAUACAGAAGCAAAAGUUGAAACCCUCCAGGAGCCCAAUAAAGCAGUGCAGAGAUCAGAAUAUCAUCUUUGGGAAGGUCAAAAGGAGAAUUUAGAGAAGAGAGCCUUUGUCUCAAAUGAUUUAUCAAAAGUAGAUGGUGGUGACUAUACUACACCAUCAAAACCUUGGGAUGUUAACCAGGAUAAAGAAAACUCAUUUAUACUUGGUGGUGUGUAUGGGGAGCUCAAAACAUUUAACAGUGAUGGAGAAUGGGCAGUGGUGCCACCUAGUCACUCAAAAGGGAGCUUAUUACAAUGUGCAGCUUCUGAUGUAGUGACAAUAGCUGGUACAGAUGUCUUUAUGACUCCAGGUAAUAGCUUUGCCCCUGGUCAUAGGCAAUUAUGGAGGCCGUUUGUAUCAUUUGAACAGAAUGAGCAAUCAAAGAAUGGAGAUAAUGGAUUAAAUAAGGGUUUUUCUUUUAUCUUCCAUGAAGACUUACUGGGAGCUUGUGGUAACUUUCAAGUUGAAGAACCAGGGCUUGAAUACUCAUUCUCUUCCUUUGACCUGAACAAUCCAUUUUCACAAGUUCUUCAUGUAGAGUGUUCGUUUGAGCCAGAAGGAAUUGCAUCUUUCAGCCCUAGUUUUAAACCUAAGUCAAUUCUGUGCUCUGAUUCAGACAGUGAGGUUUUACACCCCAGGAUAUGUGGUGUUGAUCGAACGCAGUACAGGGCUAUACGGAUUUCUCCAAGGACUCACUUUCGCCCGAUUUCUGCAUCUGAACUUUCUCCAGGUGGUGGAAGUGAGUCAGAAUUUGAGUCAGAAAAAGAUGAGGGAGGUAUUGCUGUCCCUUCUCAAGUAGAUGUAUUUGAGGAUCCACAAGCAGAUCUCAAACCUCUGGAAGAAGAUGCAGAAAAAGAAGGGCAUUAUUAUGGAAAAUCAGAGCUUGAAUCUGGAAAAUUCCUUCCCAGAUUAAAAAAGUCUGGAAUGGAGAAGAGUGCACAAACAUCAUUGGAUUCCCAAGAAGAGUCGGCUGGGAUGUUGCCAGUAGGAAACCAAGAUCCCUGUUUAGAAUGCAGUAUGAAAGAAUCUCUAGAUGGGAGGGCGAUGGAGAGCUCUAAAGUAAACUGCAGAAUAGUGGAGCCACAUGAGGAGACUAGCAGGUUUUGCAGUUGUAAAGCAGGGUGCCAUUUCCCCACGUACGAGGAUAAUCCUGUUUCUUCAGGAGAGCUUGAAGAGAGAGUGAGUGGCAGCCAGGAAAAGCAAUGCUGGUGGGAAAAGGCGCUCUAUUCUCCCCUUUUUCCUGCAUCACAGUGUGAAGAGUGUUAUACAGAUGCCAAGGGAGAGAAUGGUGUAGGAGAAUUUGCAGAUGUAAAGGAAAUAUCCAAUGAUGAUGAACAUCUUUUAGAUUUUAAUAUGGUUUCUUCUGUUUAUGAAGCGAGAUGUGCAGAUGAUAUAAAUGCUGAGGCAAAACCAAAUGGCUUCAGGAAGAAGAUCUACUCCAGUGAUAGCUCCAGCUCUGAAGACACAGCUUCAGAAGGUGGAAGUGAAUGGGCUGAUCCGUGUGAGGAGGAGCUUUUUUCUCGAACUCAACUAUAAAAACUGCAGAGUAGAACAGAUGAUUGAAAAGUAACAUGAGAUGGAAAACUAUCCUUCUUGAGGGUCUGUAGCUCUAAAACAACAACUUGAGUUUCCUCUUCAGUUAAUGGAUUCAGAUGUGUAUUUAUCUUUCUCUUCUUGCUUAUUUUAUAGAUGAGGACACAGCUGUCCUGUUGAAGAUUCCCCCCCCCCCCCCACAAAAAAACCCCCAAAAAAAAAAAAAACACCCUGUUAAAUUCUUGGCUAUUUGAACUAGACUAGAUUGUGUUGUCAAAUCAAGAAUGGAUGUGCAUGUGCUUGUCUUAGUAGUACCACUGCUUUUUUGCAUCUUAAUUGCAGUUAUUUUCAUUCGUAACUGUAGCCCUACCACUAUUACUAUCUUCUUAGCAUCGCAGUGUCUACAACUACUUCUGCUAUUCAGCGACUUCAGCUUUCUGCACAUUAGGCUUUGUUCUUUAAGAACUGGGAGAUAAAUACUUAACACUGUAAUCUAUCAGUGCCUUUCUGAAUGCAGGAGAAAAGCAUGAAUGACUUGUCCAGUCUUCAUUCGGUAAAUCUCGUAACUUUGAAGUAGGAACGACAGGGUUGUGCUUUAGAGACUUACAGAAACUGUGUUUUCUAUCCUAUGAUUCCCCCCUCCCGCAAACCAACACUGAGGAUACCAUGGUUUGUAUUUUUGCUAACUGGAGAAGCCAAGGAUUUUUUGUAGGUAUGGAGGCAAUGUGGGGUUUUUUUUUCUUUUUUUCUUUUUUUUUUUGUCCUUUUUAGCAACUUGCCAAUGUGGGGCAGAUGUUUAAAAAGUAACACCAAAAAUAAUAAACCACUGGGGCGAUGUGUGGAUUGUUGUGAAUUUUGUAACGAGUAAUGAGAACGUUGUCUUGUUGCAGAUGAUGGCAUUGAUGUAAUCUGCAAAAGCAUCCUGUACUGAACUUGAGCCUGAAUGUCUGAAACUAUCUAAAAUGCUCAGAGCGUUCAAUGUUUUAAAUGCAAAGGGUCAGUGCUUCACUUGAAAGAAAUCCUGUGGCUGCUGCAGUUAGCUGCUGUUGUGGCUGUAAUUUAGUAAAUCUCGUAGUUCAUUUUGUGUUUCUGAGAGAAUGUGUGGGGCAAGUUAUGUGUGUGGUGGGGGGGGGAGGGAAAGUGAUGACUUACAACAUACAUGUGUGAUUGCAGUAGUGACUGUUGCUUUAUGUGACUUGCUUUUAAAUUUUAUUUUGUUAACUUAGAAAGUCAAUACAUUGUCAAGUUGCAUCUGUACAAGACUAUCAACUCCUUGUGCUUUUAACACAUUAUGCAAAACGUAUAAGCCAGGAGGAGCAAUAUUUGCAAAAUGAAACGUUCUAAGUUUUUACCAACUCACAGUUUAAAAACAACAACAACUAACUAGUCUAUACAAUAGCAGCAUGUCUACAACAUCGGGAAGUGCAGAAAGUCCAAUACUGACUUGAAAAGCUUACCCAUUAAUUUUGACAGGCAAUAAACCUCAUGAGAACUAUAGCUGUUUGAAAUGUGAGCUGAACUGCCUUUGAAAUAUGUUCUGUGCUAGGGGGUUUUCUGAGUAGCUGGGUUUUGUUGCCUUUAUUCAAUUGACAACGUAAGAAGUGAAAUACGUGGUUGGAAAACCAUGCCAUUCUUUGUGCAACGCUUCCGUUGAGAUCCUUACUUAAAAUUGGCUUGGUUUGUCCUUACCCAGGGGCUUUCUUUUGGUCCUCCUCUUAGACUAUGUUUUAGGGUUUGUAUUCAUACAACAAAUCUUUUGACACUUUACAGUUUCUUAAUUUAUUUGCAGACUUUGGAUAGAUUUUUAUAUAUUUUACUUUCUUCUGGAGCUUCCUUGAGAGGUUGUUUAGCACCUGCACUGAGAACUAGUUAACUGUAACAUGAAAGUAAAAAAGAAUUUUACACACAAAUUCUUCAAAUCACUACAGUGAAGAAUGGAAUAGAACUUCAAUCGAGAACAAGAAAUGACCAAAUGGACAUAUUUCAAACACAAACUUCAGCUCAGUUAAUUUUGGCUAGAGCUGCUUCUUUGGUAAGAAAGGGCUCAAAACCAGCAAAGGUGUUGCUUGUAGUUACAUUAUGGCAUGUAAUAAUUCCAGCACCUUUGGGGAAGAUAAAAUCGUAUCUUGAGCUUGGGCAAUAACAAAUUGUCUUUACUUGUUUUCAUAGUUUAAUGGCUAAAGCUCUAAAGCUUUCGGUGAGAGUUGAAGUGUGGUUUUUAGUUUUUCUGUAUGGAUAGAAACACACAACAACAACAAACAACAACAACAAAAGCAUUAAAGGUUGGCAUACGCUGAACCGGACUGUGGUAUGAAGCGCAUUGCAUAUCCAUAGCACUGAAGUAUCAGUUUUCCAUUCCUGGGCUGAAAUUUGUUUCUACUUUUUGCUUCAAGUGGUUGUAUUGUUCUGAUUUCACGUACACCAGAGUAACUGAUUUUGUUUUCUUGUGGAGUUACUUAACACCGAAUAAAAAUAUAAAAGGACAAUUG